GAUCCGCGGAAGGGAAGGAUUCGCGAUUUCUGCGGCGAGUGCGGCUCUCUCAAGCCAAUUUGAAUAUACCUGCAAUGGACGCUAUUUGAAUUAUUUGUUCAUAAAAUGCCGCAUUAUAAUUAAACAAAGAUAGAGAAAUUCUUGUUUAUAAUGCUUCGCGUAAGGAAAGCAUCUACACAAAAACAUCAGUCUGGACGACGUUCUCAACAAACGUGGGAUGAUCCGCGAACGAAUGGCUGCUAAAAUAGCUCAUUUCAAUGAAGAUUGCUGCAUUUCUUUCGGACAUAUAGACUUUUACGACCGAUGAUCACUGUCGUUUGCCUACUUGGAAAGGAUUCCAUGUGGAUGCAAUAGAUUAUGAAAAUGAGGCUGUAAACCGCUAUUGCUGGUUCUGAAGCUUUUUAAGGACUGUAAAGGGGGACUGUUGUAUUGUGUUAAAGCAAUGUCGAUGUAUACAGCUCCACAAUGAAUGAUAAGAUUUUAACGAUACACAGGGGAGGCUAUUACUACUAAGACUAUUUGCAGAAAUCACAAUCAACAUUGAUUGACGACAUAGCCUAUUGUUUUGUUCGAAUCAUCAAAGAACGCUUCUAACGACAGGGGAUACCCCGGCUCAUUAAAAAUACAGCCAGAUCACCACGACACAGCAUUUUUCACGAAUAAACAGCAAUGUCUCUCCCUAGAAGCUUCGAGCUGGAGCAUUUCGAGGAACGGGACAAGGCGCACCGCUCUUAUCGAGGCGCCGGCUCGGGUUCGGGCUCGCAGUCUGGGUCCAGGGCAAACAGCCUGGUUCCCAGCCCAGCCCAUAGCGCCAACUGUAGUUUAUACCGCACCCGCACAUUGCAGGCGCUAAGUUCCGAGAAGAGAGCCAAGAAAGUUAGAUUUUACCGAAAUGGAGACAAAUAUUUCAAGGGUUUGGUGUAUGCGGUUUCCAAUGACCGCUUCCGGUCCUUUGAUGCUCUGCUGAUGGAACUGACCAGGUCACUGUCGGACAACAUGAACCUGCCCCAGGGAGUCCGAAGCAUAUAUUCUUUGGAUGGAACAAACAAGAUCUUAAGUCUGGAAGACUUAGUAGAAGGCGAGAGCUACGUCUGUGCCUCGAACGAGCCGUUCCGGAAGGUGGACUACACCAAGAACGUGAACCCCAACUGGGGCGUGAACGCGAGAGUGGCGGCAGCGGCCGCCGCGGGGGCCUCGGGGGCCCUGGGGGCCCCGGGGGCCUUGGGCGGGGCCGUGCGCUCGCUCUCCUCCCAGUCCCUGAGGGGCGAGCUACGCGAGAGCAAGGACUACAUCAAGCCCAAGCUGGUGACGGUGAUCCGCAGCGGGGUGAAGCCGCGCAAGGCCGUGCGCAUCCUGCUCAACAAGAAGACGGCCCACUGCUUCGAGCAGGUGCUCACCGACAUCACCGACGCCAUCAAGCUGGACUCCGGGGCAGUGAAACGGCUCUACACACUGGACGGGAAGCAGAUCACUUGUCUGCAGGACUUCUUCGGAGACGAUGACGUUUUCGUGGCCUGUGGCCCAGAGAAGUACCGCUACGCUCAAGACGACUUCGUGCUGGACCACAGCCGCAAGGCGUCAGCAACCUUUGUCAAUGAGUGCAGAAUGAAGUCCUCCAGCUCUCGCCCUGCCCCACCACUGAGGCCCUCAGGAUCCAAAAGCCCUGGGUCCUCACGCCGCAGCAAAUCUCCAGGAACAACAAGAAAAGCCGGACAUUAUUCUACCAGCUACUCUCCAGUCAGAUCCCCAGCCAAUGGGACUCCUGGAAGCCAGAUCUCUACGCCCAAGUCCACAAAGUCCUCCAGCUCCUCCCCCACAAGCCCUGGGAGCAUGCGCAGCCUCAAGAUUUCUGCCCUUCAUGGGUCUGCCUCCAACGUGAAUGGAGCUGUGGAUCAGAUGGCCGACCUGGGCCUUGAGACAGUUAACGGGAACAGGUGCCUGCUAGCCUCAGCCAUCAUGGACAAAUACAAGGUGGGCAAGGUGAUUGGAGACGGAAACUUUGCAGUUGUAAAGGAGUGUGUUGAAAGGUCCACAGGGAAGGAGUUCGCUCUGAAGAUCAUUGACAAGGCCAAGUGCAGCGGGAAGGAACACCUGAUCGCAAACGAGGUGGCGGUUCUGCGCAGGGUCAAACACCCAAACAUCAUCAUGCUGAUCGAGGAGGUGGACACGCCCACCGAGCUCUACCUGGUCAUGGAGCUGGUCAAGGGUGGGGACCUGUUUGAUGCCAUUACCUCCUCGACCAAGUACACAGAGCGGGAUGCCAGUGCGAUGGUGUUCAACCUGGCCGGCGCCCUAAAGUACCUGCACCAAAUGAGCAUCGUCCAUCGGGACAUUAAACCCGAGAACCUACUGGUGUGUGAGUACCCCGAUGGCACUAAGUCUUUGAAGUUGGGGGACUUUGGGCUGGCCACUGUGGUGGAGGGUCCGCUGUAUACUGUGUGUGGGACGCCCACCUACGUCGCCCCGGAGAUCAUCUCCGAAACUGGAUACGGGCUGAAAGUGGAUAUCUGGGCAGCUGGGGUCAUCACCUACAUCCUGCUCUGUGGAUUUCCUCCAUUCCGCAGUGAGAAGAAUAUUCAGGAGGACCUGUUCGACCAGAUCCUGGUGGGGCGGCUGGACUUUCCCGCCCCUUACUGGGACAACAUCACAGACUCGGCCAAAGAGCUGAUUGGCCGGAUGCUGCAGGUGAAUGUGGAGGCCCGCUACACAGCCGAGGACGUUCUCUCUCACCCCUGGGUCACCGACGAUGCUGAGAUGGAGAAUAUUCUGAAGGUUGAGAUGACAGGUAAACUGAAGCAGCACUUUAACUCCACACCAAAGCAGAAUAACGCCUCAGCAGGAGUCUGUGUCCUCAUGAACACAGCUCUAGAUAAGGAGAACCACGCCCUGAUGGCCCGUCGAUGCCGAGAGGCUCGAGCCGAGAGGUGCGGGAAGACCCCGCCCACGAAGGACCCCGAGCCUCCCGGCCCCGCCCCCAGCGCCGCCGCCGCCCCCCCCGCCCCGCCGUCGCCGUCCGCCCCUACCGUCGCCCGGGGCGACGCGCCGAGCGGGGAGGGAGGGGCCAGCCAGCCCUGA